AUGACGCUGCUCUCCUGGCAGAGGCCGUGGAAACGUUCCACUGCCCCACUGCACUCUGGGACGUUGGAGAACCAGCAGACAACCACCACCUACCCCCCAUCCUCCCCCCCUCCCACCCUCAGAACCAGCAGACAACCACAGCCUACCCCCCAUCCUCCCACCCUCCCACACUCAGAACCAGCAGACAACCACCACCUACCCCCAUCCUCCCACCAUCCCACACUCAGAACCAGCAGACAACCACCACCUACCCCCAUCCUCCCACCAUCCCACACUCAGAACCAGCAGACAACCACCACCUACCCCCCACCCUCCGACCCUCCCACACUCAGAACCAGCAGACAACCACCGCCUACCCCCCAUCCUCCCACCCUCCCACACUCAGAACCAGCAGACAACCACCACCUACCCCCCAUCCUCCCACCCUCCCACACUCAGAACCAGCAGGCAACCACCACCUACCCCCCAUCCUCCCACCCUCCCAAACUCAGAACCAGCAGGCAACCACCACCUACCCCCCAUCCUCCCACCCUCCCACACUCAGAACCAGCAGGCAACCACCACCUACCCCCCAUCCUCCCACCCUCCCACACUCAGAACCAGCAGACAACCACCACCUACCCCCAUCCUCCCACCCUCCCACACUCAGAACCAGCAGACAACCACCACCUACCCCCAUCCUCCCACCCUCCCACACUCAGAACCAGCAGACAACCACCACCUACCCCCCAUCCUCCCACCCUCCCACACUCAGAACCAGCAGACAACCACCACCUACCCCCCAUCCUCCCACCCUCCCACACUCAGAACCAGCAGACAACCACCACCUACCCCCCAUCCUCCCACCCUCACACACUCAGAACCAGCAGACAACCACCACCUACCCCCCAUCCUCCCACCAUCACACACUCAGAACCAGCAGACAACCACCACCUACCCCCCAUCCUCCCACCAUCACACACUCAGAACCAGCAGACAACCACCACCUACCCCCCAUCCUCCCACCCUCCCACACUCAGAACCAGCAGACAACCACCACCUACCCCCAUCCUCCCACCAUCACACACUCAGAACCAGCAGACAACCACCACCUACCCCCCAUCCUCCCACCCUCACACACUCAGAACCAGCAGACAACCACCACCUACCCCCCAUCCUCCCACCAUCACACACUCAGAACCAGCAGACAACCACCACCUACCCCCCAUCCUCCCACCCUCCCACACUCAGAACCAGCAGACAACCACCACCUACCCCCCAUCCUCCCACCCUCCCACACUCAGAACCAGCAGACAACCACCACCUACCCCCAUCCUCCCACCCUCCCACACUCAGAACCAGCAGACAACCACCACCUACCCCCAUCCUCCCACCAUCACACACUCAGAACCAGCAGACAACCACCACCUACCCCCAUCCUCCCACCAUCACACACUCAGAACCAGCAGACAACCACCACCUACCCCCAUCCUCCCACCAUCACACACUCAGAACCAGCAGACAACCACCACCUACCCCCAUCCUCCCACCAUCACACACUCAGAACCAGCAGACAACCACCACCUACCCCCCAUCCUCCCACCAUCACACACUCAGAACCAGCAGACAACCACCACCUACCCCCCAUCCUCCCACCCUCCCACACUCAGAACCAGCAGACAACCACCACCUACCCCCAUCCUCCCACCCUCCCACACUCAGAACCAGCAGACAACCACCACCUACCCCCCAUCCUCCCACCAUCACACACUCAGAACCAGCAGACAACCACCACCUACCCCCAUCCUCCCACCAUCACACACUCAGAACCAGCAGACAACCACCACCUACCCCCAUCCUCCCACCAUCACACACUCAGAACCAGCAGACAACCACCACCUACCCCCAUCCUCCCACCAUCACACACUCAGAACCAGCAGACAACCACCACCUACCCCCAUCCUCCCACCAUCACACACACAGAACCAGCAGACAACCACCACCUACCCCCAUCCUCCCACCCUCCCACACUCAGAACCAGCAGACAACCACCACCUACCCCCCAUCCUCCCACCCUCCCACACUCAGAACCAGCAGACAACCACCACCUACCCCCAUCCUCCCACCCUCCCACACUCAGAACCAGCAGACAACCACCACCUACCCCCCAUCCUCCCACCCUCCCACACUCAGAACCAGCAGACAACCACCACCUACCCCCCAUCCUCCCACCAUCACACACUCAGAACCAGCAGACAACCACCACCUACCCCCAUCCUCCCACCAUCACACACUCAGAUGGGGAGGGAAGGAGAUGGGUGGUCCGUGUUCUUCUGA